AUGAAAAAGUUUAAAAAAGCUCAAGUACAAAAUCAAGAAUCUAUAAAAAAACAUUUGGAAACAAAUGUUAUUGAAUCUUCAAGUAGUGAGAAUGAAAAUGAGGAAGUAUUAGAAACAGCUGUUGAAAAAGUUUUAUUUGAUUAUCAAUAUGAAGGUGGUAAUGUUAAAAAAACAUUGUCCUAUUUAACAGAAACUUUUCAGUCUGGUGGAGCAGUUUGUUUAAUUUGUAUUUCUUCAGUAAAAAAAAAUGAUGCAAUUUGGAGUUGUAUCAAAUGUUAUGCGUUUUUACAUUUAUCUUGCAUUCAACAUUGGGCGAAAGAUAGCUUAAAUUAUAAACAUGAAAAAGGUAUCACACCUGUUUGGGGAUGUCCAAAAUGUAGAACAGAAUAUCAACAAGACCAAAUACCACAAAGAUAUGUAUGUUUUUGUGGAAAAAUUGAAGAUCCAUCUUAUCAACCAUGGUCAAUUCCCCAUUCUUGUGGAAAUAUGUGUAAAAAAUUUUUACAACCAAAAUGUAGUCACAGAUGCAUGCUUUUAUGCCAUCCAGGUUCUUGCCCUCCAUGUCCAAAAAUGGUGUCAGUUGCAUGUUAUUGUGGAAAACAAGCACCUUAUCCUAGAAGGUGUAAUGCUAAAGAAUGGAGCUGUGGUAAAAUUUGUAAUAAGGAGUAUAUAGCUUGUGAGCAUAGAUGUACAGAAAAGUGCCAUUCUGGUUUCUGCUCACCUUGUUCAGAAAAGGUCUUUAGUGCAUGUAAUUGCAAAAGUAAAUCUGAAUUUAGAAGAUGUAAUGAUUCUUUGUGGUUGUGCGAUAAAAUGUGUGGAAGAGACUUUUCAUGCAAUAUUCAUAUAUGCAAAGAGUUUUGUCAUAAACCUGGAGAUUGUAAUACAUGUCCAUUAGAACGAAAUAGAACAUGUCCAUGUGGUAAAAAAAAAUAUGAUAUAUCAUGUAAACAACAGCAAGUACCAACAUGUGGAGAUACUUGUGGAAAAUUAUUAGAUUGUGGAGCUCACUAUUGCAAUAUGAGAUGCCACACAGAAGGGUGUGGACAAUGUUUAGAAGUUAUAACAAAAACUUGCCGAUGUAAAAGUUUUAGUAAAGAACUUCCUUGUAUUAAAAAAUUUCAUUGUAAUAAAAAAUGUCCACAAAUGAGACUUUGUGGUAUUCAUCUAUGUAAUAAAAAAUGUUGUGAUUGUCUAUUACAAAAUAAUUUUAAUAUUUGUGAAAAGAUAUGUGAUAAUACAUUGAAUUGUCGUAAGCAUAAGUGUUCUGCUCUGUGUCAUAGAGGACCAUGUUAUCCAUGUUCUCGUACUAUUGUUAUUCAAUGUCGUUGUGGCAAUAAUAAAAUUAUGAUUCCCUGUGGAACAGUGAAAAAAAUCAAACCUCCAAAUUGCAAUAAAAUGUGUAAGAUACCACCAAUUUGUCAUCAUCCUAAAAGAGAGUCACAUAAAUGUCAUCAAGGUGUUUGUCCACCAUGUCAUAAAGUUUGUGGAUUACUUCAUAAAAGAUGCAAUCAUGCUUGUCCAGCAAUUUGUCAUACUAAAGUUUGGACAAAAACUAAGCCAAAUGAAAUUUCUAAACCAGUUGGACCAUGGGAAAAUCAAAAAGAAAAAUGGGAAUAUAAAUCUUUUCUAUGUCCUCCUUGUGAAAUAUCUAUUAUGAUUACAUGUUUAGGAGGACAUGAAACACUUUCACAGCCUUGUUACAAGGCUGUUUCAGCCUCUUGUAUUAGACAGUGUGGUCAAUUAUUAUCGUGUACAAACCACACGUGUGAAAAACUUUGCCACAAACUUGAAUUAUUAAAUGAUACUAAUAAUGAUGAAAAUAAAUGUAUGGUAUGUGAAAAGCCAUGUGCCUUUUCAAGACCAAAAGGAUGUAUACAUGAUUGUCUAAAAUUUUGUCAUCCUGCUCCCUGUGAACCAUGUACAGAACUUGUAAAAGUUCCUUGUCAUUGCGGUAUUAACAUUCUUUAUGUACGCUGUGCUCAACUUACUUCUAUUACUUCUGAAAAGCACAAUAAACUUUUAGUGUGUGGAAAUCAAUGCCCCCAAAAUUAUCCUUGUGGUCAUCGAUGUAUCGACGAUUGCCAUGCAGGACCAUGUCAAAAAUCUGAAUUUUGUAAUAAAAAAGUCAAAAUAUUUUGUGAAUGUAAACGGAUAAAGAAAGAUUUUUCAUGUAUUUCAGUACGUGCUAGACAAGCUAUUGUAAAUUGUGAUAACGUUUGUCAUAAAAUAAAAGAAGAAUUAGUACAGAUUCAAAAAAUGGAACAAGAAAAAAAACGAAAAGAAGAAGAAUUAAAAAAUCAAAAAGAAAUUGAGAUGUUUAAAAAAAAAUUUAAACCUAAACAGAGAGGUAAAGAU